AUGAGUAACUUCAAGUUAGCAUGUGUUGUUCUGAUAUGCAUGGCUUUGUUGUAUGCACAAAAUGGUGGUGCAAUUUCAUGUGGACAAGUUAGUAAGAGCCUUAAGCCAUGCAUGCAUUAUCUUAAGAAUGGUGGUGCUGUUUCGCCGAGCUGUUGUGCUGGCGUUAAAGGAUUAGUUAAUGCAGCUCGGACUAUUGCUGACCGCCGCACAACUUGUGAAUGCUUGAAGUCGUCUGCUGCUACUUUUAAAGAAAUCAUUGUAGGCUUUGCUGCUGUUCUCCCAGCAAAAUGUGGAGCUAAUAUUCCUUACAAGAUCAGUCCUUCCACCAACUGUUCUAGGUAUGCAUGUUUUAUCUAA